UUUCAACCUUCCUUCCCCCCGUUCUACUCUUUCCACCCAUCCACUCAUCCACUCAUCCACUCGACCUCCCUCUCACAUAUAUAUUAUCCCCCUCGUCGCUCCUCCCAUCCACUUUCUUUCUUUCUUUCUUUCUUUCCAUCCAUCAAGAUCCCAUCCGUAGUCUACCCAGACUCACUAGGGCCUCCCUCCUCACUCCUCUCUCCCCCACACCGCGUCCAACUCCCCUCCCUACUUCCAUCCAUCCCCACACACACACACAAGGUCCUCUGUAAACAUGCCGGCCGUCACGCGCCGGCACACGCCCACCUCCUCGCCCACCCAGGUCGACAACACUCUUCCCAGUGACGACCUCACUGCCGCCGCCCCUACCUACGACCCAUCCAUCCACGCGUCGUACCCUCUGUCAAGUAUCUAUCCUCCAGACAAGAUUGGAUUCCCGUCCUGUCCCCCUCGUGCUCUUGGCUCGUAUCGCGACGCAUGCGACAGCGACACUGAAACGGAUAGUGGCGCUUCCGAUGCAGAGAUUGAUGCAGACCUCAAUGCCGUCCCCCAGAGCCUGCUGGCUCAGAUUCGGGGCAGACGUAUGGACGAAGGAAGCGGCGUCCCGGACGUCAAUGCUUGGGUGCGCGCGUGGCGUAGUACGGGCAAGGCCAAGACUCAGGCCGCCCUGGGCAUUGGACGCCGUACGCGUAGCAGGACUGCGUCGGGUCUCAGUCGAGUCGUGAGCCCUACAGAGUCGAUUUACGCGAUGACGCAACGCAUGCAAACACUUAAAGCCACUCUCCUGCGGUCCGAGGACGAAAUUGUGGUCUGCGACUCUGAUCUCGAGGCCAGUGACUCGCCGCCCGUGUCCGUGCCCUCCAGUCCUCCGCCAUCAAUCCCCGAGCCCUCGAUUCCCGAGGUCUCGAGCCCCCUGCCUUCGAGCCCCAUCCCCUCGACCCCCGAGCCCUCGAGCCCAGAGCCCAGCGACGUCGACACCCCCGUGCCCAGGACGCGCCAGGCGCCUUUGUCGUCUCUGGCCCUCAUUAGAUCAAAGGUCAACAAGCACCGCGCCGAGGCUGUGCGUUCCAUCGCCGAGUCCUCGUCCAGGCGCGCCGUCCAUGACGCAUGGAGAGCGCAUGAGAGCGAUGUCCAACCCGCAAUGGCGAUGAUUGAGGCCUAUAUUGAUCGACAGGGGCUUAGGCUAGUGCCAAAGACCCCCGAAGCCCCCAGCAUCGCUCUGCCUUUGAGUGACAGCCCUGAUUCCACCUUUGACGCCAACGCAAUCGAGGCUGGUCUCAGCCCGCCUUCGCCCACUCCUCGCUCCUCUUUCCCGCGUAUCAGUCAUGUCCUUACGUCGUCUGAGCCCACGCCCGAUCCCGACCAAGCCACUUCGCCUCUCGCUGUCGACUACGUAGAGGAUGCGAUACUGGCUGUUCCGCCUGACGACGGAUCCUCCUCGGAGGACGGCGACGACGAGUUCUCGUCCUCCGAGGAGGAUGUCGGCGCGGAGGGAUGGUCUGACGACGAGCAAUGGUCCGACGAAGAGCCGACCGCUACCUCGCAGGUGGAGCAGAUCAGGCGCCAGGCUCCUAGGCAGUGGGAGCGUCCCAUGACGACCGCGCGUGAGCGUUAUGCUCACGAUCACCCCAGGGCCAACCACGCGGUGGCGACCCGUCGUACUCGGCUGCACCAGAUUGGCACCAACGCAGGUCGGUCGUCGACGCCAAGGCCAGCUUCCCCCCGCCCCGGCGCGAGCGCGGCCCCAAGUUUCGACUGGCGUCGACCUCGCCUUCAUGUCGUUCGUCGCCCUGUCGUUCUCCGCCCUCCGCGUCGGACUGUGUUCACCGGUAAGCAGGCAAGCAACCGCACGGUCAACACCGCCAAGGAUCUCAAGGCGAUUUUGAAGUCGAAAUCUUCCAAGCUCAGCGACCGCGUUCGCCGGGCGAUGAUUCAGCGUUACAAUCAGAAGCCCGAGAACAAGCCGCGCCCACGCGGUGUGGUAGUCGCCUCGCGCCCUACCACGCCAACAUACGAGCGCCAGCGCUCCCGGUCUCCCGAGCCAUACAUUCUGAACACGGAGCAUCUCAGCGCGGACGUGGUGAUGCACGACUCCGAGGCCGUUCAGGCAGCUGCUAUCGCUAAGCCUUCGCAGCUUGCCGGCCACAAGCGUCGCAGCAUGCCUGGGGACGGCAGCACCGUGCGGGAUGCGCAGCGCGACAUCCUCCGCGCAGAGGAGAUCGGUUGGAACCAGCGCUUUCACCGCGACCGCGACGCCCUCCGCCGCGCCAAGUGUGACCCUGCCUUUGUAGAGGAGCGCCGCAGGUUCAACAAGCUGCAGCACUACGCUCUCAAGGCCCCCUCGCUGGCGGCGCAGGCAGCGAGCAACGCGAACGCUUCUGUCGUCAAUGCGCUGGAGGACGACGACGUCGAGAUGGCAGAGCCCGAGGUCGUCGCGCCUGUGGAGGAAGCUGACGUUGCGGCUGCUGUUGUUGAGGCCGCCGUUGCUGAGGCUGUCGUCGAUGACCUCGUUGAUCCGGUGACUUCUUCCGCCUUCGUCACCUUCGACCCUUCUGUUCUCCCCAGCUUUAUCCGGGACGGCACACCUCUCGCCACAUGCCCGGAGGUGGUCGAGGACAUUGUUCUCCUGCAGCCUCCCGCUCCCGUAGAGGUUAUGGAGGAGAUGUCGCAGCCGCCGGCGAGUGAGCCCCGCGACACAUUUGCUCCGCGCGCCCGCCGCCUCCGUGCACACGAGCACUUCAUGGCCCUUGCGGCCUCCUCGGCUCAGCCUGCGCGCUCGCUUCUCCGGGGCAACCGGAGCGCUGAUACCGCGCCAAUGGCGGAGACGGCUGGUCCGUCCUUCCGCGUCUCUCCGACCAUUGUGUCCGCCCGUCUGGGCUCGCCGACCAAUGUGUCCGUCACGAUGGAGUCCUCGUCCAACGUGUCCGUCAUCAUGGACUCGCCAACGGGAGCGUCCACCCCGCUCGAGCCCGCCGAUGCCCUGGCCCCGGCCGCCGCAGCGGCCAUGCGCUCGCCGCCCCCGCGCUACGAGUUCGACUUCUACCCCAUCGUGCGCACGCCUGUACGCCAGCGCCCCGCAGCUCGCCCGGCUCCGCGCCCGCGCUCUGCCUCCGACCCGCCCGAUUACACAGGUCCGUACCGCGACAUGUCGCCGCCUCCGCCUCCGCCGUACAACUCCAUCACGGACUGCGCAACGAUCAUUGCCGCACGGUUCGAGGACGCGCCGACGCCGCGCACGCACAGCCACUCGCUGAGCGAAGUCGAGGAGGGCGGCGAGGACGAGCGCUAUGCCCCCGGCAUGUGGCCGGCGCAACGUCGCUCGCCUUCCCCGGACGACGGGGGUGGGCAGGGCAACAUUCUCGGCCGCGUGCUCGGCUUCUUCCGCUAGGUGUCUGUGGCAGGAAGUCAUGUUUGAGAGUAGUGUCCAGCUUGUCGCAGCAUAUGGUAUGAGUGCUGUGCAUUAUGCAAUAUCAAUCCCAAACUUGGUUGGUUCGCAGUCCCUGGUAUGCCCUCUGAAUCUCCAA